UCACAAAAUAUGGAAUUUAGAAAGAACGAAGUUGUUACGCAAUGGUAGAAAGAAAUCAACUUUCUUCUGUUACCAUACCUCAGUGGCACUGAGUGGCACAACUACCUUAUCGACUACGGUAAAGUGAAGAAAUGUUGAGAAGCUGAUAUAACCAAAAUACGAACGUAUUUCAAAUAAUUCAGCAUACUAUUUUUAAUUAUUUUAUUUGUUUGAAAUUAUGACACAAGAAGAUUGCAAAACAUUCAUGGAAAAUAAUAGCUGUGUACCAGUUUUCAAUAAUGAUCCCCUUACGGUAUUUGGAUCUUGUCCAUCAUGUUCCAGAAAAUUAAAUACUGAAGAAUUAUUAACACUAAUAAUGAAGUGUGUAAAUUUUGCAGCAAUAAAACAUAAAGACCAAAGAAGAAAAGAUUCAGAAGGAACACCAUAUGUAAACCAUGUUAUAGGUGUUGCAAAUAUUUUGAUCCAAGAGGGUAAUGUUCAUGAUCCUGUUGUGAUUUUAUCAGCCUUGUUACACGAUACAGUGGAAGAUACGAAUACCACAUUUGAAGAGAUAGAAGCACAAUUUGGUACCGAGGUUUGUAAUGUAGUUAAAGAAGUAACUGAUGAUAAAAGUUUGCCAAAACAAGAGCGGAAAAGAUUGCAAAUAGAAAAUGCUCCUAAAAAUAGUCACAAAGCUAAAUUAGUUAAGCUAGCAGAUAAACUGUAUAAUCUAAGAGAUCUUGAAAAAAACCCUCCUGUUGGGUGGUCACCAGAGAGAAUAAAAGAAUAUUUCAAGUGGGCCAAAGCUGUGAUAGACGGAUGUCGUAAAACUAAUUCUAAUCUAGAAACGGAACUAGAUAAAAUAUAUGCAAAUCGAAUAGCUCGUGAUAGGGAAAGCUGUGCAUGUAAAAAAUCAGUUAUACCAUCAUGAUUUAUUAAACAAUAACUAAAAUUUAAUGAUUCAACAUAAAAAAGAUAAAAGUACAUUUGAAACACUGAUACUGAGAUGACAAUAUACAAUGUUUAAAAAAAACCAUGAAUAUUAUCAUUAAUAUUGCUUUCAGUAAAGUUCAGCAAGUUGUAUAAAAUGUAUGAAAAGUUGUUCAAAAAUUUGUAAAAAUAUUUAAUAUACGUUAUACACAAA